CUCGGAGCCCAUUGAUUAUUACCAUUCCCGAACAAACCGCCCUCCCUUUUCCACUUGCCAAUAGGAGAUAUGGCUCCAGGCACGGGUCAUGGUGAAUUGGAUAACGGGUUCAGGGAGAAAAAUGCAUCUGUAACUGAAAAUGAAAGUCAUAAGGAGGAGGAAUUGGAUGAUCAGAGCCUGGCAAAGGCAGGGAAACCACCAAGAAAUCUCCCUGUUAUUAGGCAUUCUAUCAGUCAAGCAAUCUUGGCGGGCACCCCUGCUUUGGAAUUACACAAUGGACUUACUGGUCGAGUAACAAUAUCAGGUGAGAAUCCAGAAUUUUCACCUGUUUUUCGAUCAGGAAGCUGCUCUGAGAAGGGACCAAAAGAGUUUAUGGAGGAUGAGUUUAUCUGUGUCGAUAAUCUACACGAACAUGUUAGUGCGGCUUUGGAUAUCCCACCUACUGGAGCCUUUUAUGGGGUAUUUGAUGGGCACUGUGGUGUCGAUGCUGCAGCAUUUACUAAGAAGAACAUCCUUAACUUCAUUGUUGAGGAUUCAUAUUUCCCAUCUGUGGUAAAAAGGGCUAUCCGGAAUGCUUUUGUUAAAGCUGAUCAUGCACUAGCAGAUGCUAAAACUGUUGACAGAACCUCUGGCACCACUGCUUUGACUGCCCUAGUGUUAGGACGGACAAUGCUGGUUGCUAAUGCUGGGGACUCGAGAGCAGUGUUGGGAAAACGAGGAAGAGCAGUUGAACUGUCAACAGACCACAAGCCCAACUCCACCUCUGAAAAAAUUAGAAUCGAGAAACUAGGUGGGGUCAUUUAUGAUGGUUAUCUAAAUGGCCAACUAUCAGUAUCACGUUCUCUAGGAGAUUGGCACUUGAAAGGUUCCAAAGGAUCAAGUUUUCCCUUGAGCUCAGAGCCAGAGUUGAAGGAGGUGGUCUUAACGGAAGAAGACGAGUUUCUGAUAAUUGGAUGUGAUGGCUUAUGGGACGUUAUGAGCAGCCAAUGUGCUGUCACAAUCACAAGGAAGGAGCUAAUGCUGCACAAUGAUCCUGAGAGGUGCUCUAAGGAGCUCGUCAGGGAGGCACUCAAGCGCAAUUCAUGUGAUAAUCUAACUGUUCUUGUGGUGUGCUUCUCUCCUGAUCCACCCCCUCGUAUUGAAAUUCCUAAAACGCAAAGAAGGCGGAGCAUAUCAGCUGAAGGUUUGGAUCUUUUAAAGGGUGUCCUCAGCAGCAAUGUAUGAGAAAGCAAUCGUCAAAUGCUAGAUUAUUUUUGGACAGGGAUUCAAAACCAUUAUUGUGGGGUUUUUCUGAAUGUCAACUGCUGCCCCUCAGUUUGAGUCUGGCUGAAAUUUGCGACGUUCGUGAAAACAAGAGCCUCUGCAUCUGAGAGUUUUUAGUGCCAUUGUGGCAUUUAAGAGUCAUCUUCAAACAUCCAGCGGGAGUUUUUUUUUUUUUUUUUGGCUUUUGUAAUUGUAGCUCUUGUCAAUAUUAGCCUCGGCAUCCCGGGCUUCCUAGCAAACGGUAAUUGCUGACUAGCUCUCUCCAUGUAUCUUGGAGAAUCAUGGGACUUAAGCUCUCUGUGUUGGACCAUGUUUAAAAAACAGGGGCCCAAGAAAGAGAAAUUUUGCUAGUUCAAUACUUCAAUUGUACAUGACAACGCAAAGCAUACACAUUUGUGUAUAAAAUGUACAUUUUCGUUUGAAAAUAUGUUUAUGAAUGUACAACAGGUCUUGAACAUUGAAGUAGUAUUUUUGUAAUGUUAUAUAAAGGUUGGGUCAAGGU